AUGCCCGAAAAGACGCAAUCUAUAGUCUUAGGACAUGAACGUCGUAGUUCUGAAAACGAUGCAAGUUUUAGGCCCUCCCUUAAACAAAAGUUCCGCGAGCCAAUAGCGAAGCAGAUUAUUACACAGAUUCUUAAUGAAAGAUUGGAAAAGGCUAUCUAUGACAAGGAUCAAGCUCCCCUUUGGGCUCGUGAAAUUGCGGAAGAGAUAAAAUUUAAAUUAUUGGGCUCAUCAGCGACAUCAGUUCCUACAAUUAACGUCAAAUAUGCCCCUCCUCCACUGAAGAAUGCUAAUCAUUCAAAUUCAACUUACAAUAAUGAAUUGCUAGAUAUCACUAAUAGCACUUCCCGUGAGAAAAGUCCUUCAAGGGAAAGAAACUCCAGAGGAAAAAGUCCUGGGAGGAACAGCAAACGUGGCAAGAGUCCUUCUCUUGACCCUCCGAAAAGUCCAAAUUCUAACAGAUCCAGGAGUCCCGGAAGCCGCCCUCGUUCAACAAGUCCACGUAACAAAGUGGAAAAUGAAAAUUCCGGAAACAAACAAUCUCAGGACGCUCGUAUUGGCUCGAAUCUUAAAGUCUCUCCUUGGGUUGCUUCGUCACUUAAGACAGCAAAGAACAACUCAUCCACAAGGGGCUCUAAUCGUUUGAGUCUUCCUCACAACUUUUCCGAAUUUAACAUUAAUGAUAUUAAUGCAAUACGCGAGAGAAACGAGCACUGGGAAAGACUAAAUAAUGUUUCUAGAGAUACCAAAGAUGGAAGCAAAAGUGGAAUGGGAAAUUUCUCUAAAACUAUUUCCCUUCGAAUUGCCCCUCUGCGCCCAAAAUUAUUUGUGGACACAAACAACAACUCACAAGGAAGUAAGCCCAUGCAGAGGAACCCAUCCGGUCAUCUUACCGGAAAAUUCUCCGAUUCACCUCUGGUGGCUGCUAUUGGACUUCCUUUGACCAGAUCCAGAAGUUACAAUUCUGCUAUGGAGGACACUCCUCGCAUACCCGCAACAGAAUUUUCGAAGGAUAUAAAAGUACAUCCUCUUCAGCAUCCAUGGACAAUGUACUAUGACAGUAAACCAGUCAUGACACCAGGACCUAAAACACCAACCGGAAAAAUGUAUGAAGAAAAUUUACAGACCAUUGGCACGUUUGACACGGUUGAAACGUUCUGUCGUUACUUCAAUUGGGUGAAAAAACCCAGUCAGUUGGAGUUGAACACGAAUUUUCACAUAUUCAAAGACAAGAUCAAGCCCAUGUGGGAAGAUCCCGCUAAUGCUAAUGGCGGAAAAUGGGUGAUUUCAUUAAAAAAUCAGCAAUUACUUGACCGAUGUUGGGAAUGGUUGGUGUAUUCGUUAGUCGGUGAAGAAUUAGAUGAGAACGACGAUAUUUGUGGUGCCGUGAUGUCUCGUAGACCUCGCGGAGACCGCAUUGCAGUGUGGGUAAGAGAUAAGAAUAACGUUCCUGUGAUCAAUGGAAUUGGGAGACGUUUAUUGAAAAUUCUUGACUUGCAAAAUGAGAACAGCAUUGGAAUGGACUUUCAGUUCAAUGAAGACGCAUUGAAAUCCGGAACAUCAUACAAUAAUCAAGUAUAUUUAUCCCUCGAAAGUCUAAAACAAGAAUUAGAGAAUGACAAAAAGGAAAAGCUGGAUGGACUGCCUAAAGCGGAAAAUAAUGAGGACAAAGCAGAUGAUAUAUCAGAAACAUCUAAGGCCAAGGUUGAAGCAAAAGCAUCAGAUGAUGUAACCAUGAAUGCGGAUCCUUCAACGAACGCAAAUGAUGGCGAGGAGCAACAACACAAAGGAAAAUGA